AUGGAUUUCUUACUUGAUUCUCUACUACCAAUCAAAAAGAAAAAGAGAACAACCUAUCAGAAGGUUACAUCGACCAAUCCUGAAAAUGCAGAAGCUCUUACCGUUUCAGGAUCUGGGUUCCUUUUCGAUAAUGAAGCUAUGAAUAAAAUUAAAACUCGUCUUGAUGAUGGGGAUGAAGAACAAGAAGACACAGAGGAAUCCACUCAUGAGGUUAAUAAAAGCGAGGCAUUAUUCCCAUCUCAAACACAAUUAAUUUCACAAUUAUACGAAGGUGGUGAAGAUCUGGAGGAAAGGAGAGAUACACAGGUGAUUGAACGACCUUCUGUCCAAAAAGGUGAGGAUCGCUCAGCAGUAAAUAUGUCUGGCAAAUCAACUCAACUUACGAUAGAACAACAUGAAUAUAUGGAAGUAGAUGAGGACCAAAUAAGUCUUAGCCAAACUCAGGUGAUAAAGUCUAUCCCAAAGAACAAGGAAAAUGAUAAUAAUAAUAAUAUGGGUGAUAUAGAUGAUUUAGCAACACAACUGAUAGUGCCUCACGAUGAUUCCGAUGAAGAAGACACGACUGAUUACCAAGGUACCGAAAAUGUUAACAAUGAAAAUAUUCUAAACUUCACUCAAAACUUUAAUAAAUCUUUGUUUAAUCCAUUUGAUGAAACCAAUGAAAUAAUUAUUUCAGAAAAUAACGCUAAUGUUACCAAAUUAAUUGCAGAAACUCAACAAAUAUCAAAUAUAUCAGAAACACAAAUAAUAAGUUAUGGUAAUGAGGAACCAGAUAUUGCGUACACAGCUGAGACUCAAAAAAUCAAGGAUAAUGUAGCAACACAAGAAGAAGAUCAACCAGAAGAAAUCGAAAAAGAACUAGAAAAUGGGUAUCCGAAGACACAGGCGGAUGAAGAUAUGAUGAAUACCCAGCCAAUUGAAACUGAAACCCAAAUUGACCACCCGAAGCUCAAAAUACAUGGUAUUCAAAAAAUGCUUGAAGAAGAAGACAAACAGAGAGAGAAGGCCAAAAUGGUAGAAUACAAACGUCCGAUUAAAAAAACAGUCGUAAAACUAAAUUUUUCGAAGGAUGACUUCCUAGCUGAUUUUGAUGACAGUGACGGUGAAUCUUCGGAUACAUCUGUAAAAGAAGAACUGAAAAUGAUUGAAAGAAAACCAAUUAAUAUGGAGGAACAGUUCGAAAAAGAACUAGACGAAUUUGAAGACAGCGGAAAUGUCAACAAGACAAAUGAGGAGGAAGAAUUUGAAAGUAAACCUACUACUGAGCUUGAAAAUAGACCACCUUUUCAUAUCACAGGGCUGAUAAAUUAUGAAACAGAAUUGAAGAAAGAAAUACAUUCCGAUCAGUACAUCAACUUAGAAGACGAUAGCAGUGAUUCUGAUUCAUCCCAGUUAAAACCUUCACAUGCCUCAAAGGCAUCCCUAUUGAAUAUUCGUGUUCGUCUUUCAAAGAAUGCAACUCUCAAAAAGAAACUGCAACAAACAAAGUCCACACCUAAUAAACUGUUUAAUUCUUUAAUGCAAGCUAACCAAAAACAAAUAUUAGAGCACCGAAAAGGAAUAAUAGAAGCUAAGGGAUUAGAUAUCAGCAUGAUUGAGAAGGAGAAGGAUAUUGUAGAAAAUCUGUUAGAACAAGAAAUAUUAAGAAACAAGAAAAUUAGAAAGCGUGAGAAAGAACAAGAAGAGAUGAUAGAUGCCGAGGGUGAGAUGGAUUUCGAUUAUAGUGAUAACGAAUUGGAAGGUUCAGAUGUAACUGAUAAUGAGGGAUCUAUCAACCAAGAAGAUGGUAAUAUUGACUCAGCCGCCAUGGAUACAAACGGUCUAGAUUACUCAAGCGACAACAAUGACGAAGUAGACGUUGUUGCCUUGGAUAAAGAAGACGAUGAUGACAUCAUUCCUUCCAAAAAGUCCAAAAAAAUGAAGGCGCUUCAUAUUGUCGGGGUGGAAGAAUCUGAUGAUGACGACAACCAUCCUGAGCCAGUUGAAAUAUCCAAAAAAAACGAUGCUAAUACUGACGACGAAAUUUUAUCCUCUGAAAGAAACGCUAUCGAUCUAGGUCAUUACGGUAGUAAUUUAGAUAGACCUAACACCCAGGACAAUGAAAUAGGUUUUAGUAAAAACAACAAUGACGAAGCAGAUGAUUUAGAAGAGGAUGAUACUGAGGUCAGAAUGGAGUUUAUAAAACACGAGAAAAAGAAACAAUUAGAACACGAAAGAAAGCUACAGAAGAAAAGAGAUGAAUUGAAAAAGAAAGGUGUGUCCAAUUUCGUUGAAGAAGAAGCAGAAGAAUCUGAUGACGAAUGGUUUGGUGUAGGUGGUGCUGACGGUGAAGGUAUUGAGGACUACGAUUCUGAAGUCGAAAAAAUGAUUGAUGAUUACUCGAAGGCAAAUUUUGAUCCAGAUGAGAUACGUCAAAUGAUUGCACAGGAAAAGAAGGAUGCUGAUAUGAAAAUGGUUGAAAAGAUAUUAUUUGAUCUAAAAAAUGGUGGUCUAAAAAAACGUGGAAGAUCCGAUUUUGAUCUUGAAUUAAGUGACGAAGAAGAUGAUGACCUACGUCAAUACCGUAUAAAGAGGAGAGAACUGAUGAAACAAAGACGUCUAGAUCUAGGUGAAGAUAAACUAGUCCAGAACCCGAGAUCUAAGGCUUUCUUUGAAAGUAUGGUAGAAGAUAUCGAGGAUGCUAAGAAUCCGUUUGGAAACUCAGAAGUAGUCGACGAUACCCAAUCUACAACAACAAAUGGAGAGACACAAGAGAUACCAGAAAAGGACAGUAGUGAAAGUCCUGAAGCCGACUCGAAAAUAGGUGACAUAUCUAAAAAAUUCACCUUAUCAGAAGAUUUUGUUCACAGAAGUUUAUCGUUCCUUAAUGAAACAAAUAAGGAUGUUGCUGAGAUAGAAAAUGAUAGAAAAUUAGCAAGAAUCCAACAUGGAAAAGACAUCGAUGACUUGAAUACUUUAAAAAAACAAAGCUCAAUCAAGUCUUUCAAAUCUAUACAUAGCUCACAAAGUAGUAUUGUGGAUCUCGCAUCAGAUGAUACCCAAUCCGAAUCUAAUCAUACAAGAAAUCAUGGCCAAUUUGAUCAUGAUGAAGGUAUUUCACGUUUUAGAAAUCCAUCAAUUCUUAAAUUAUUUGGUUCAAAGACAGAUGUUAACGAUAAGUUUAGAGAAGGAACUAAGUCUGUUAAGGUAACGAACUCAUACAGGACAGUCGGUGGUAAUAAAUCCUCAAUUACAUACAUGGGCAAAAAUAGAAAAUUGGUUCCACCGAAGAAGAAAAAUAGAGGGUUUUUAAUUGGUUCAGACAGACGUUCAAAACUAAAUCAAUUGUUUAACAGUCACACAGAUAGUUUUGAAUAA